AUGGAAGUCGACAUGGAACGCAACCCACGCAACGCCCUACACGAGCAAGUCACUGCUCUCGCAGCUUCAAUUCGUAAUCUGGAAAGCCAGAUCUCCACUUCGAAUACCUCUGAAGCUCCUCUUCCUGGCGACCACGCCCUGCGAUCUCUGGAGGAUCAGCUCAACCAGCAACCUUCGUUCGCGGGACUCUCCACGGCGUCGCGAUGCGAGCUGGACUCUGCUGCCACGGCUUUGUGGAAUACAUGUGCCCAGGCGAGAAAAGAGCGCGAGAAGAAUGAGAGAGAGCUAAAGCUCUUGAGCAGAGUGAGGGCUCUUGCGUUCGCGGUGCUGGAUAUUGCUGCACCAACUCGACCUUGCGCAGGACAUUUGAGGGCUCUCAAGGUGGCGUUGAAAGCUGCUCGCGGUUGUAUCGACUCUGAACAGCCUGACCUUGGCCUGAAAGUCCUGGGAGCAGGAGCGCAGAGGCUUGACUCUCUCGAAAGCUCGACUACCCAGGUGGACAAAGCUCAGUUACGAUCUGUUGCGAUGGAGUACUACAUGCUACGGAUUCAACUGGCAUGGUUAAGAGGUCGUCCUGAUAUCGCAGAGCACCUGCUUUCAAAGGCUCCCACAGCAGUGAUGAUCGAAGAUCGGACGAUAGUCACCGAGACAUGCUACGACGUGGGGAAUGCAGCGCUCUCGGCAAGUCAAUACGACAUUGCGGUUCAAUGGCUGGAGAGAGCUUCAGAGCAGAUCGAUAUUCUGAGUUCGGAGAGUCACAGCCUGGGUGCGGGUUUGAAUGACUUAAAGCUACUUGUUCGACAUGCUCUUAUUCGAGCUUACAUGUGUCUCAAUACACCUGAAUCAAGAGAAGCGCUUACCAGACAGUUUGCCCUGCUCAAAUCUGACGCCGGAGACUCGCCCAGUGUUCUUUUCCUUGAGCUGGAGAUUCUCUGUCGAGAGAGAAAUCCAGAUCGGGGUGAUGGGUUUAGAGCACUCUUGACGGCCCUUGUCAGCAGCAUGAAUCUCUCAGACGAGACCCUGAGACUAGCAUUGUACUAUAUUGAGAACUAUGCGAGCUCAAGUCUGGAUUUUACCGUGCACAUACUGCAAUCCCUUCUCACUCGCCUUCUUCCAUUUCACAUCCAGGCGUGGGUUGAGAGGUGCUUCCUUAGUCUGGUGUGGCUACUGCGAUCCUCGAACGAAAAAUGUCUAGAUGUUAUCAUGGACAUGGCCAAGAAGCUGGAGACGCAUAGACACAGCCCUCUGAGCAUCGACGCAACUCAUGCCACCUUGAUUGUGAUAUGGAAACAGAUGGAUUCUGCAGUUCUCAAGAAGCAGCUUACUAUUGCAGAGAAAUGGGGUCUGCUCGCCGUCGAUACCAAGAUCUUUGAAUCUUGCUCCAAAUCCAACCGACAUAAAACACUUCGAAAAUUGGCAGGAUAUGCCUUGAGCAAUGAGAACGUGACUCUCGCUCGAAAGACACUGGAUCGGAUUCCUGUCAGCGAAGAAGAUAUCGAUUCUCGAACCCUUUUCCUAUGCUACAAGCUGGCAUUGAUGGAGGAACUUCAUUGUCAAGAAGUGCUCGACACACUCGGCGCGGGCUGGUUUACUUAUGUUCUAUCCUGCGCAGCCGAAGCUCAACGGCAGAACAAGCAGUCAGAAUUGCUCGAAUGUGUCCUCUGUGUCUUUGAGUGCAUGGGUAUGAAGAAGUUCUUCUCUCACGAGGUUGAUCUUUCUUCUUUCUUCAUAUUCACGUUCUUGGCCUUGAAAGACCUGGCAGACCAAACCAGGGGAGAAGAGAUGAUGUGUCAGACCUUUACAUCUGCUUUGAGAGUGGUCAUAACAGAUAUCCCUGCCCGCAGUACCUUCUCAACAGACGACCUCCAAUGGCUCUACGGCGAGAGCUACGACCUGGCUUUGAGAAUGCUUACAGAGUCACGGGUGGAACGUGUCACUCCGCUGCUUGAAGCAUCUAAAGAGUUUGCACGGCGUUACUUUGAUAGAAGACCCGUGGACCGCAGAAAAGCUUCGCUGCAUAUCUUUCUCUGCAACUAUUUAGGGGCAAUCUUAUCCGUCAAGAAGGCACGUUCACAAUCAGACAGUUCCAUCCGAAAAUGCCACUAUCAAAGGUUGCAUGAUGAUCUCUUUGUUUACGCCAGUGUAUCUCAGUUCCUGGAAGGAAAAGAUGUCUCAACGGUUGAAAUGGAGUGGUUACAACGCUGCCGAAACCUGAUCGCUCUUGAUUUCGAAGCCUCAAUCUAUCUCGAGCAGUGGUCUUUUCUAAUAUCACUUGUUGAGCAGGCCCAAAGCUUCCUGGAUGAGGAGCUCUGCUCGUCCUUGCUGGACUUGAUCCUUCGCUCUCAUGCACCGAUUCAAGAGGUCGUUACUGUGGUCAAGAGCAUUAUAUGCACCGCCCACGACUCACCAUCCCCCUUCCUCAACACAUCCUCCUUCCGCAUCAAACUGCCCCGCUACCUGCGCUGCCUCUUCCACCUUGCCGUCACGUCAGUUCCCAGACAGGUCUCCGAGAUAUCAUCGCAAGAAGAAGAAUCAAGCAACUCAGUGGUCGAUGCAUCGCUCGCAGAAUCCGUCCUCGACCAAGUCCUCCUUUUAGCUUCAGACGAGUGUUUUAUUACUAGUGCCCGGCCCAAUCAGCCAUUCAACCUAGGCAUGAGUUCUGUCUCUGGUAUUCUCGAAGACAGAUUUUGGUGUUCUUAUCCAGUUGAGGAACUAGAGUGGCUCGCUUCUGUUGCUUUUAACAAGGCCGUCGACUUUUACAGCGCGGCCCGGGACGAGGAGUGUCAGCGGUGGGGUAUGAAGGCUGUUCAAGUGGCGGAGUGUGUGGACCGUGUGUCAGGUGGUGCUCUUGCGCGGACGCUGCGUGUGAAUAUGGAGAAGUUGAGUUGA